AUGGCGGCCAGCAGGAGGCUGGUGAAGGAGCUGGAAGAAAUCCGCAAACACGGAAUGAAAAACUUCCGUAACAUCCAGGUAGAUGACGCCAAUGUACUGACUUGGCAAGGGCUCAUCGUUCCUGACAACCCUCCCUAUGACAAGGGGGCCUUCAGAAUCGAAAUCAACUUUCCCGCAGAAUACCCAUUCAAGCCGCCGAAGGUCACCUUUAAGACAAAGAUCUACCACCCCAACGUCGAUGACAAGGGCCAGGUCUGCCUGCCAGUGAUCAGCGCCGAAAACUGGAAGCCAGCGACGAAAACCCACCAGGUGAUCCAGGCCCUCAUUGCGCUGGUGAACGAGCCCCAGCCGGAGCACCCGCUUCGCGACGACCUGGCCGAGGAGUACGCCAAGGACCGGAAACAGUUCUGGACGAACGCGGAGGAGUUCACCAAGAAAUACGGGGAGAAGCGGCCUGUGGACUAA